AUGAAGAGCGGGUGGAAUGGGAGGCCGCGCGCCCCGGAGCGUCUUCCGGACCCCGGGGCUCUCCCGGGAGCCCGCCCGCGUGCUCGGCGACGCCGGCCCCCGCGUCCGCGCCCCCGAGCCGGCCGCCGGGGCGCCGCGAGCUUGGAGAAGUUGGCGAGGAGGCCUGGAGAACUCAGGGGUUUUCAGGCUGUGCUGCCCCCGGAGCUCUGGAUCCACUUGGCCGUGGUGGCCUGUGGCAAGCGGCUGGAGGAGACCCUGGUCAUGCUCAAGUCCGCUGUGCUCUUUAGCCACAGGAAGAUCCAAUUCCACAUCUUCACGGAGGACUCUCUGAAGCCCGAGUUUGAUAAGCAGUUACGACAGUGGCCUGACUCAUAUACAAAGAAGUUUGAGCACAGAAUCUACCCCAUCACAUUUUCGGUUGGAAACCCUCAGGAAUGGAAGAAAUUAUUCAAACCCUGUGCUGCUCAGAGACUCUUUCUUCCGGUGAUUUUAAAGGAUGUGGAUUCGCUUCUCUACGUGGACACCGACGUUCUCUUUCUGAGACCCGUUGAUGACAUCUGGAAGCUUCUGAGGCAGUUUAAUGCCACGCAGCUUGCUGCCAUGGCCCCCGAGCAUGAAAUCCCCAAGAUUGGCUGGUACAGUCGCUUUGCUCGGCACCCUUUCUAUGGCUCUGCAGGAGUUAAUUCAGGAGUCAUGCUGAUGAAUCUAACUCGCAUUAGAAGUGCCCAGUUUAAGAACAGCAUGAUUCCAACAGGCUUGGCUUGGGAGGACAUGUUGUACCCUCUGUACCAGAAGUACAAGAAUGCCAUCACGUGGGGAGACCAGGAUUUAUUAAAUAUUAUUUUUUAUUUCAAUCCAGAGUGUCUCUAUGUGUUCCCCUGCCAGUGGAACUACCGCCCCGACCACUGCAUGUACGGAAGCAACUGCAAAGCCGCUGAGCGGGAAGGCGUGUCUGUGCUGCACGGGAACCGCGGCGUCUACCAUGACGAUAAGCAGCCCACUUUCAAAGCGCUCUAUGAAGCAAUACGGGAUUUUCCCUUUCAAGACAAUCUCUUUCAAUCCAUGUAUUACCCGCUCCAGCUGAAGUUUCUGGAGACUGUGCACACUUUAUGUGGACGAAUCCCACAAGUGUUUUUGAAGCAAAUCGAGAAAACAAUGAAAAGGGCUUAUGAGAAACACGUCAUCAUCCAUGUGGGCCCCAACCAGAUGCACUGAAUGUUUUUCAUAUUGUCGCAAGUGGAUUCAGCCUCUCAAGAACAAGGCAACCUUCAUCUUUAAGCUGCCCGCAUCUCUUUCGUGUGAAUAUUUAAUGGUGCUCUGUGACGGUUGAGUUUAAAAGGCCUCAUUACCUGUUGCUCAUUGAGUUGCCCCUAAAAGGAAAUAUGCUUUAAUUUUUUAAAAAUUGCUAUUUACCUCUCUGGUUUUUUUUUAAUUGUAUUACUACUCACUUAACAUUGUUCAAGCAAGUGGAGCUAGCUGUGAAAAAGAACUUUUGUGAGCCUUCCAAUUCCUGUUAAAUGUCUGAGACCUUGUCGGUGACAUCUAAUGCGGUAUAUUAAUUUCCUAUUCUUGAGACUCUUGCUAGGCAACAGACUCCCCCUUAUCCUUGUUAUAAAAGUAAUACAUGCGUGUUGUAAAACAAAAAAAUGUUAAAAACUUGUAGGGAAUACAGGUCCGUGGACCAAAAUCAAAAUUAGAUUAGCCAUAAUCCUACCAACUGGUGAAAAGAUUAUUUUAAUGGAUAGUUGCUUCCAGCGUUUUCUCCCCACUUCCAUAUUUAUUUGCUGGUUGUCUUUUCCAUUGUAACACAUAUGUGAAACAGGUAGUUUGAGUAAAAGCUGGCCCCCCGCUGAGAUUUUUUCUGUAGAGACGAAAAUUUAGAGAAAAUGAUUAUGUUUACAGUGCUUUAUUUAAAAUAUGUCUGGCAGAAGUAUUCAGAUUUCUGCUGAUUGGGCAGUGUUAAAGAAUGACUGGGGGUGUUUUUUUAGGAAAAGUUGUUUAGAUUAGUGGAAAGCUAAAUCAUUAAGAUAUAUUUAUGCAACCAUACUUUCUGAAAGGAAAUUCAAUAAUUGUGUUAAACCCAAGGGGUCACUUUAACAGAGGUGUGAUUUCAUUCGUGUUUACCCACAGAUGAAAACAUUUUCUCUUAGCUUAGUAGGUGUGACCUCCUCUCUUCUUUAAACUCUUGGGCAAUAGGUGGGAAUUAAAGGCCAACUUCAAACUUAGGGGUUCAGGAUAGUUCAGCUGAUCCCAUUGACAAGAAAAUUCAACUUCCUACCAGCCAUAGAAAGGUCUCUUUAAAUUUUUUUCCUUCUCUAGGGUUACCCAGCUGUUAGCCAAGGAACCAAGCAGGUCUUAUCACCUAGCUACAGUAGAGGAAAUUCUAUAUUCCCCCAAGGGAUCUGACUUAAUCCCUAGUGGUUCAUGUAGCUGGUAUCAGGGUAAGAGCAUUUUGCAUAAGGCUUUAUCUCAAAAAUCUUGUGCAGAAAUGAUCCUGAUAUUCACAAUAGCCUAAUGGACUUAGUAGGGGACGGUAUCAUCUCCAUUGGGCAAAUAAGGAAAUUAUAAUACAAGAAACAAGGACACCCAACAUAAUUGCUGAUUGGUAACACUACAGGUAUGGAUAAGAUGCAUCCUGUUUUACAGACAAAUUUUUGGAAAUUUAAGUAUUAAAUACUUUUCAUCAUAUGUAGACAGUGAUCUAAAAAUAUAAAAUGAAAAGUAAUAUUUUGUUAAUACAAAUGUGGUGUUCUAUAUAUUGGAACACAGUAGGAUAUCAUAGAUACUAUAUCCACAGAAAAAGUCUUACUCUGAAAAAAUACAUGAAAAUCUCAGCACUCCAAAGAAAUAUGUAGAUAUCAAUCAAUAUUGGUAUACAGCACCAUUACGGUAGUAAUAAAUUAUAAAAUGUUAGAGGAAUGGCCCAUACUUUCCUUUUGAUCAGUUGGGCGGCCUAUAAUUUGUUAUUUUUGUUAAGGAAAUUACCAUUAUGAUGUGGAACUCUUCACUGUUAUGUUUCCUCAUUUCACCAUUAAAGGUGAUGUCAUUCAUUAUUUUAUAUCUAAAGGCCUUGGGGAAAUUUUUGGAUUAUCUUUUGGAUGGGAGAAAAAGCUUCCUACAUACCCACAAAUGGGGUUUUAGUGAAAGGGCCAGAAUGUAAACAUGAUUCUCUGGCUUCCGUUCCAGUCUUUCUACUUGUUCAGCGUGGCCAGUAAACCUACAAAUGUCAUUCAGAUUUGUUGAUGACUUGCAGUCCUAAAGAAGUUCCCUUCUUCCUUCUGUGAGUCCCACAAAAAAUCUGCUGUAAAGACUUUGAAUACCACAACACCUUUUCUUUUAGGAGAGUCUGGUUUACCCACAACGUUUAACUUUUGGUUCUGUUCUGAAUACCCAGAAUCAGAUUUCUAGCAAAGGUCCCUGAUAGAAUUCUAGAACAUUCUAGAAUGAUCCAUUAUGAGAAUGUGAAACUUUAGAAUUUGGUGUGGUUUUCUACCUUGGAAUUUCUUCAUGGUAUCUUGAAAUUUGAGGUGAGUCUGGUGGAGAAUUUGGAGAACAUUUGUUUUUCCAAUCCCUGCUCCCUGAAAGUGCUAAUUAUUUUCUAUUUAGUAUUUUACCAUGAGGCAGUACUUUCUCUGCCUUUGAUAAUUUACAGACAACUAUGACAUUAGCACCUUUGAAAUCUGGGAACUGUUCAUUUUAAUUCAGUGGACUCCUAAAUCAUGCAGUCUGUGGUCUGAAGUUUGCCAAAAGUUGUGUUGCUCCAUAUGGCCCAUUGAAUCUAUAUUGGGAAGAGCAUGAGACUGGUUCUCUCACCUACUCUUCUUGUUGCCUCCAGAAUUCUGGCCACUGUGUACGGCCACAAAGUUCCAUGGGAGAAUGAAAGAACACUUGCCAAUAGCAAAACAUGACAGUAUUUUUGUAUGCAUUGAGAUUGAGACUUUCUAUAGUAGGGUCGCUGGAAAUACUUAAAAUAUUUUUCUUGCUGAGUUGUUUUCCAAUACAAAUCUCAGAAAUUGUGACUUACGUGGAAAAUUUCAACAUUAAAAAAAAAUUAACUGGCUAGAAAAUCUGUUUAAGUUUUCCUCCAACUUACUGAAUGACAAUUUAGCAUUUAGAUCGUAACGCUCCAGCUUUGCUAUUUAUUUGGAAUCUCUAUUACAUAUUGACUGUUUCCAUUGCAAACUGUUGUGACUGUGACUGGAUUUAUUAUUGAAAUGGAUAUUUAUAUGAACACAUCAAGGUCUGAGAGUAUUUAUCUUAUUACGCUUAGGGUGUUCAUAAAACAAGCAAGCCAUACAAGACCUUAUUGAUGUCACACAAUAGUAAUCCAGUAAUAGAAUAA